AAGAUGAUUUGUAAGAAAGAACCUCUGCUGCGAAUCGGGCAUAGUCAGGAUCAUAUUCUGGCGAGGAGUCCCCCAUAUCACCAAAAUUGUAUUAUCUCUUCAAACCCUACUUUCAGAUCCCACGAGAAGCAGACCGAAGGAAAGAACACAACUGGUUCGAGCGUUUGCGUGGGAUUAAAACGGUCUAGGCUUUUUUUUCUCGUUUUUUAUUUUAUUAAAAAUGACGUCGUAUUGACGUAGCUAAAGCAUCGAACCUAAUUAUUUUAUUUUAUUUUAUUUUAUGAAAUGAGAUUUGAGAGAAUUAGGGCAAGCUUGGUCAAGAGAGUUGGAGGAGGUUAUGGAGGAUUUUGAGUUAUUGCGGAGGGAAAAAAGAAGGCGAAAGGCUAUGCGGCUAAAGUUCGGUCUGGAUGAUGUUACAGACGAUCCCGGUUUCAAUACAGAAGGGCUGGCCGAUGGUUUUGAUGUGGAUAACUGUUGCUAUCCGUCUAGACUAAUUAAGUCUACCUGGGGCGAUCGUUAUGACAUCGCUCUUUAUAGUAGGCUUGGACUCCACUGCCACAAUUUUCAGAAGGGAACAAACUUCAAGUUUGUGCGCUGGGAAAAGUAUCAUCUUACCUCUACUGCAUACGACUUCGUCUAUGUAACUUUGGACGCUAAGGAUCCUGUGUCUGACUCGGUCUUCUCUUUUCAGACCUUGUUGUGCGAUGAUUCUUAUCCAAACUAUCCCGUCAGGUGGAGUACCUUAGCCUGCAGAAUCAAAUGUGAUGAUGGUGUGGAUGAAAGUUGGGACGAUACGGCAGUAGAUGAUUUCUACAAAGAUCCAAUACCCAAAUGGUGUUCUGAUGAAGAAUUGGCUCGUGACGAUAAAAACUAUUAUGUGGUGCAAGAAUCAGAGUUGCAGGAAUAUGACUGGCUACAUCUAUUCACCGAAAUUGCGUUCUACUCGAAAACAAAGAACGUAUUUACUGCUCCCCCACCCUUGGAGAUCGAGAAGGUGGUUGUAGUAACUAAAGAAGACACAGAAGAAGGGCAUGAGAAGCUGAAAGCCCAUAAUGCCAUCUUCUACGUAAGUUACAAGUACAAUGGUGAAUAUUCAGGGUGUGCGCGUGAUCACCGAGCGGUAAUAAGGAAAACAAUGGAUGGGAAGCCAGGACACAUGUAUCUUGAAGUUUAGCAGCAGAUUGAACUGAAGAUGAAGAAGAAUAGACAGACAUAUGGAUCUGCUCUUUUAUAGAGACCUAUCAUUAACGCUAUUACUAACUUUAUCAUGUUACAUAUUGUAUGCUGUUGUGUUUGGCUUGUUUUUGACUAGAACAAUUUGAACUAGAACGAGCAGGAUCUAUCAUCCCUUACUUAUUAUUGCCAAGGAGAGAUUUAUGUUUGCAAUGGAUAAUUAGUAUCAGAACGAAUUGCAUA